AUGAAGAUCUUUGAAUCGCCGAACCCAUUCGGCGAACCGCCAAUAGAUCGCAUAUUCGCCUUUUGUUCCAGUGCACUAAGCCCUGAAGGAAAGGAGCAAAUCGGCAAUGGAAAGAAGCAGUCGGCGUUUCGCCGAGCGACUCCGCGAAGCAGUUCUACAUUGCCUAAUGAUCCAGGACAUAAAGAUGUUGAAGCUUCCAGAGGUACAAUAGCACCCAAGCAAACUCCGACCUAUGCCGCUAUUGGAAAAUCGAAAUUUGUCGCUCAUUCGCGACGUAUGAUCAUUGAGGAGGACACUAAGUAUGUUCAUCUCAACAUCAGGACCUCCCCUACAUCACCUCGCACUACGAGGAAUCGAGCCCAGCUUGUGAUUCCUGGCGUGGUCACUACCCCCCAGUCUGAGGAGGGGGCCCCACCGAUCGGUUCGUCGGUUGACUCUAAGUCACCAUUCGGCUUGAGCUCUAAUGAUAGCACCGCCUCGUCUUCCCAGUCUAAUAGCACAGGAGAUACUCUAGUACCCCCUAGUACUAAGCCACCAACUGUUGCUACGGAGCCUAACCGGUGGUGUGUGGAAGGCUAA